AUGUCUUCAACGUCUAGUCUGGCGGGCGCUUGCCCAUCCCCGUUCCUGCAAGAGACCCUCUUCCCAGAUGCAGGGGGAUUCAUCGAGGGACGGUUUUGCAUGCCCUUGUCCAACAUUCAGCCUAACCUGACCUGCUGUUUACCCUGUCCGAUGACCGACUGGACAUAUUCGGAUGGAUUUGAAUCCCGUACCGAAAUCGCCAACUGGGUGAACGUGGCAGCUUUUGUGCUGUCUGUAUAUCUUCUGCUGUCAUUUGCUGUUCUUCCCGUCAAGUAUACUCAUAGACACUAUUUGAGUGUCUGUCUGACCGUGGGAGUGGUUUUUGUGGAGCUUGCUUUCAUUAUCCCGCUGGCCACGAAACCAGCGCAGUGCUUCAAUGAAAUUACCCCGAAUGACAUGAAAUCCAGCGGCUCUUGCGCAGUCAGUGGCGCCUUCUUGUUAUUUGGGGGUUGGGCCAUUGUUAUUUGGGUUUUCUGCAGAGCUCUCGCCCUCCACCUCCAGAUUUGCUGGGAGGUGGUGCUUGGGGUCAGAUCAUUCUACACAGCACUGGUUCUAGGAUGGCUGAUCCCCAUUAUUGGCAUUGCAUUGACCCUAAGCCUGACAGGAGUGUCAUUCCGAUUUGGCAACGUCUGCCACAUCAACCACAAAGAUGCUCUUCAAGAUUACUGGGGACCCCUUUUGGCUUUCGCCGCACUGGCGUUGGUGCUGCAAUUCGUCACCAUAGGUUAUUGCGUUCAAGUCUACGUCAAGAGCCUUCUCGAUGACAAGCAAACCACAAAUUCCAGCUCUCAGCCUCCGACAUACCAAGGGAGUCUGAAAACGGUGACCGCACGACAGACUUAUCGCCGAGUCAAGAGGGUUGUCGAGCUUCAAUGGCGCGGGGCCAGCAUUGUGCUUGUCAUCAUUGCAGAAGUCGUGUUCUUUUCGGUGGUCUUUGUCUCUAUGGACAACAGUACCAAAGUUGACGCGGCGCUUUUGCAGAAGUCCGAGCCUUGGAUCACCUGUCUCGUUGCGCACAAAGGCGACAAAAACCAAUGCCUGUCGCUCGCGGGCAGCUUGGUCAAACCAGAGGGGGUCGUUUUGGCAGUGCUUAUUGUCCUUGGGUUGAGCGGGUUCUGGUGCUUGAUGUUCAUGGGCCGCUGGUCUAUGACACAUGGCUGGGCCGAAUUUUUCAAAACAAAAUUGCUUCGAAAGAGUGAAUUUGUCUCGGCUGAUGCCAGACGAUUCUCGAACGACCCUCGUACGUACGAAAUGCUGAGCGGAGCGACGCCUCAACUGAACAUCCAAACCCCAGAUCGAGCGUUGACAAGCCCCCGAAUGCGGACGGAAUUCUCGCCCACGGACACGAAGGAAAACCUCUAUGGCUCGGCUCGAGCGUAUGUCACCCCGGUGUCGAGUUAUUCCCAUCCCACUCCCCCGAGUCAACACAAAGACUGGGAUCCGAAGUCGACGCACGCCAAACCAAUGGAUCCAUCCGGGAAGGGCUUCGAAUUGAACAUAUAUUCGGGAUGA